AUGCUCCGACUGCACCUUCUUCCAGUACACACCAUAUACACCUCCCCUGAGGUACACACCAUAUAUACACCUCCCCUUAGGAAUGUCCAGAAGAAACUGGAACAUAAACUGGGCUUGGAUUCCUAUCUCCUGAAACCGGUCCAGAGGAUCACCAAAUACCAGCUCCUGUUGAAGGAGCUGCUAAAGUACAGUAAGGGCUGUGAUGGGUCAGAGGCCCUGCAGGAGGCGCUCACCUCUAUCCUGGGAAUCUUGAAGGCUGUCAAUGACUCCAUGCACCUCAUUGCUAUCACUGGAUACGAUGGUCACCUGGGUGACCUGGGCCGGCUGCUGAUGCAGGGGUCAUUCAGCGUGUGGACGGAACACAAGAAAGGUCACGCCAAGGUCAAGGACAUGGCCCGCUUCAAGCCUAUGCAGAGACACCUGUUCCUGCACGAGAAAGCCCUGCUCUUCUGUAAGAGACGCGAAGAGAACGGGGAGGGCUAUGAGAAAGCCCCCUCCUACAGCUUCAAACAGUCCCUUAGUAUGAGUGCUGUGGGCAUCACUGAGAAUGCCAAAGGUGACAACAAGAAGUUUGAGGUCUGGUGCAACUCACGGGAGGAGGUGUACAUUGUGCAGGCCCCGACGACUGAGGUGAAAACGACGUGGGUGAACGAGAUCCGGAAGGUUCUGACAACACAGCUGGAGGCCUUCAGAGAAGCCAGCCAACAGAGGUCGUCAGACGGACUGUUCCAGUUCCCUCCCUACCGCUGGAGAACCUGUCAGCCUCGG